CGGGGCGGGUGGAGCGCGCGGGAUGAGGAACAAGCCGUGCAGCCAGCAGCGUCCCUGGCUAUAAAUCCAGGCGUGCAGCCAGACGGAGCCAAGCUUUCUGACGGUCUUCUUUUGCAACUCGCCCUGGGGAGAGGGGUUGAGCCAGCAGGGGGGGAUCGCCUGCAGCUGCUUUCCAACCGCUGCAGGAGCAACAGGAUCGCGCGCAGAGCGUCCAGAGGCUCGCCCUGUCCCGGAGGGCAAGAGGCUUCUUCUUCUCCUAGUCCGCACCCCGUCGAGGAAGAAGAGCGAAAGCCUCCAAGUAUCCGCAGUUGGUUCGCCCGCCCGAGACCUUCCGCGCUGCCACUGCCGGGCGCAGCCUGCGCUCUCUGCUCGUAUGAGCUUGGUAUAAGUUUUCCAAAGAGCCUCCAACUGAAGUAAUCAAGAUGGUUGUAAACGCCUCAGCAGAACAGACGGUUGAAAGAGUCCACGUUGAAUGUUCCUCACUGGGAAGACACAACUAUAUAGUGAUUAUGGUUCCAACUGUUUACACAAUUAUCUUCCUCAUAGGUAUCUUCGGAAACAGCUUGGUAGUGAUUGUCAUUUUCUUCUACAUGAAGCUGAAAACAGUGGCAAGUGUCUUUCUGUUCAAUUUAGCCCUGGCUGAUUUGUCUUUCCUCGUGACUUUGCCACUGUGGGCAUACACCACAGCCAUGCAGUAUCGCUGGCCUUUUGGCAACUGCUUGUGUAAGAUAACUUCAGCAGCAGCAACCUUCAACCUAUAUGCCAGCGUGUUUCUCUUGACAUGCCUCAGCAUUGACCGUUAUAUGGCAAUAGUGCAUCCAAUGAAGUCCAGGCUUCAGCGUACAAUGCUCAUUGCCCGGGUAACUUGCAUUAUCAUCUGGCUCAUGGCAGCCCUUGCCAGCUUGCCAGUUAUCAUGUACCGUAGUGUCUACUUCAUUGAAAAUGAAAAUAUAACAGUAUGUGCUUUUCGUUAUGAGACCCCUACCAACACAACCAACAAUGCCACUGUCCAAGUUGGAUUAGGGUUGUCCAAAAAUGUGCUGGGAUUCUUGAUCCCCUUCGUGAUUAUUUUAACCAGCUACAUAUUAAUCUGGAAGACCCUGAAAAAGGCUUACCAGAUUCAGAAAAACAAGACCAGAGGAGAUGACAUUUUUAAGAUGAUUGUGGCUAUUGUCCUUCUUUUCUUUUUUUCUUGGAUCCCCCAUCAAAUAUUCACAUUUCUCGAUGUGCUGAUUCAGCUGCGUGUGAUUGUGAAUUGUCACAUUGUUGAUAUUGUGGAUACAGCUAUGCCUUUCACAAUCUGCUUGGCUUACUUCAACAACUGCCUCAACCCCGUCUUUUAUGGCUUUUUUGGAAAGAACUUCAGAAAAUAUUUCCUUAAGCUUCUGAAAUAUAUCCCUCCCAGUGUCAGACAUUCUAGCCUGUCAACAAAAAUGAGUUCCCUUUCCUAUCGGCCUUCAGAAAACUUAAUCUUGACUACCAGAAAAAAAAGAACUUUAGAUGUUGAGUGACAGCUUAGUGUGGCCAAAUCAGCAUUUCUUUGGCCACCGCUUGGCCAGAAUGCAGAUGCUCAUGAACAGCUUAAAAGUGUUAAACCAUCUGAGACACAUCAUCCUCGUGUGAAAUGAACAGUAGAGUUUCGUUCCAUAUUCUGGCAAGGAUUGUUGUUUGUUUACAACAAGGGUUACUGAGAGAAAGUAGGCAACUAAGUACAUCAUCUGACUUUUUAGUUCCAAAGCUUGUGGGGGAAAGAAUAUAUAGUAGAGUUGAGAAGAACAUGAAAUGUGUAGAAAACCUUGGUCGUACUGCAUAUUUCAUUCUGUCACAUCUGUGAGAUUGGCUUUGAACUUGGGAAUGCAAUUCUGACCUUAUCUUACAGGGCAUUACACACCAGAGUGUAAUAAAGAAGUCUUGUUUUCAGAAUGUAAAGUAAAAGUCAGACUUUCUUUUCAAAAUGUGAAUUGUACAUCUUUGCUACUUGAGUGUAAUCAAAAUCUACCUAUACUACGGUCUCAUAUAAAUACAUAAAGCCCAUUCCCAUGUCAGUAAGAAACUGAAGGCUGUCAGAACUGGGCCAGCCGACACUUGCAGAACUAUGAGAUUUUAAAAUAAGACAGAAGUAUGUACAUAUGAAAUAGCAUGAUCCUAUAUUCGUGUACAAUGUUUUCAUUCUCACAUAAUAUCUGUUACAUAUAGCUACAUGCAACACAUUCAGAAUAUAGCACGGCGUUAUAAGUGUCAUUAGAAACUGUUACAUUCUGCAGAUCUUUUCACCUAUAACAUUUAUGGAGCCAUGAGCAAUUAUUUUCAUAUAUAUGCUUUGUGAUACGUUUCCCAUCAGAACUAGAAAACCAGUUCAGCCACCAUUCCCCCCAAGUUGCAAACACAUUAUUCCACCUCAGUGUCUUUUUAAGGACAAAGCCAGGAUAAAAAUAUUUUUAAUAAAUAAAUAACUAAUUCCAGGGGAGUGAAACAGUUCCCAACCAUAGGAACAAACUAUGACAUUAUUUAGCUACUUUAUCUCACAUUACUGAAUGUCACCAUGCAUUUGGAUUUAUAAGGGCACCAAGAAGGGAUGUGACUCUUGCAGUCUCUCACUCUCUGAGAGAACAGGGGAAAUUCCAAUUUUCCCCCCUCACAAAAAGAUUACUCUGCAUACCUUUUAUUCUUGUCAGGUUUCUUGAAAAUUUUACAGUUACUUUUUUCUGGAAGGAAUACUAAGCUGUGUAGGUUUAUUGCAAUUCCUGAAUAGAAUAACAUCUUUCCUAUGCAGGAUUCACUAAGAAAGUAAAGAAAAAACACCCGACUAUGCAGGAUUAUUACAAUUUCUGUGGCAAAUGGCAUCCUGCCUGUACAGGAUUCACCAGAGAAGGCAUCAAGCUGCCCAUGAUCUGGCACUGUCCUAUGUUGAACAAGAGGUGAACAUGAAAAAAAAAAACACACACACAGGAAGCUAGGAAAUUUCUUCGCUGCAGUGCUAAAUCUUCACAUGGUUUGGCUUUAAAAAAAUCACCUAGGAGAAAUGUUUGAGUACACAACACAGCCAUGGAAAUGUGUUAUGUAUCUCCAUGCAGUGGUACCUCAACUUAUGAACAUAGGAAUGCAUUGAAAACCAUUUAAUCCGUUCCGGCUGUUUUUCAUUCUUAU